AUGAAGUUCUCCGCCUCCCUCUUGGUCUUGGGUGCCCUGUUCACUUCCGUACUUGGUGAGCAGUCCUUCUCCCUCGUCUCCUCCGCUCCAUCUGUCGUCGUCCACCCCGUCCUGGUUGCCCCACCCGGUCCCCUCUCCUCCGCACCCAAGUUGAUCCGCCGAUCAAUCGGCCAAAGAUUCUCGUGUUGUUACAGUCCUGUUCCGCGUAGCAUACUGACCACGCCUGUACUUCUACUUCCCUCGCUCUUUUCUCCGCACCAGGCCACGCCGAGCCGACCGAGCAAGAAAUCGCCGAGGCCAAGGCUCGCAAGGACAACUUUGCGUACAUCUGCGCGCCCCAGAUCAAGGCUUAUCAUGCCAUGCGCAAGCGUUCUGUAAGCUACAACAGCCUCUCCAAGUCGUUCCCCCGCCAUUGCCGUCGACCGUUCAUCGAUUUGGGCCGGGCUCCAAGCGAGUGUGGGGCCGCGGCGAACGGUGCGGAGCGCUCAUCGACCGGGCGCCGGCCAGUCGGAGAGUCGAUGCGAGCCGUCUCUUGGGCACACACUCCCUCGACACCCGGCAUCACUCACCACAACACCUCGCUGACCACCUUGCGCUCGUUCUCCGAUCUGACAGGCCCAGCAGCAGCAAGUUCUCGGCGGCGCCACCGAUGCCGCGACCAUGUUCCUCGAAGAGAACCUCCAAGCCGGUAUGGGCGGUCAAAAGUUGCUCGGCUGCACCGAGAUUGACGACGAUGCCACGAUCCGAAACCACACCUGCGUUUGUGAGUCAGGGCGACACCGGGCAUCUUUCACAGCUCGCGCGCUGAGCUUGUCCACCCUCUUCUCUCCUACCUAGUGGCCAACGAGGUGACCCAGGGUCCUUACUACCACAUUGCUGGUCACCCCAUUCGCCAAAACAUGGCCGAGGACCAACUUGGUCUUCCCUUCGUAAGUUUCUUCGGAGCUCUCGCCCAAAUCGGCGAGCCGCGGCUGACCCUCAGAUUAUAUCUUCGCUUCCCAACAGUACAUCGACAUCGGUAUUCUCGACGUUAACACAUGCGAACCUGUGCCUAACGUGCUUGUUGACAUCUGGCACGCCAACACGACCGGUCACUACGCCGGCCACGCCGACCCCGACCCGGAUCUCAUCUGGGAAGGACCCAUGCCUUACGGAGAGAGGAAGGGUUUGUUGACCAAGUUCCCGCGAUGGAACCAGCACGAAACGUGGCUCCGUGCCGCAUGGCCCACAAACAAGUUUGGUGUCUCGCAAUUCACGUCCAUCUUCCCCGGCUACUACACGGGCCGAGCGACGCACGUGCACAUCAAGGUCCACACGACAUGGGAACCGCUUGCGAACGGCACGUUCCUCACCUCGCGCUUGAUCCACACCGGCCAGCUUUUCGUCGAGGACAACCUCAACGGCAUCAUCGACAAGAUCCAUCCUUACACCGAGAACCCGAUCCGCAACAAGUGGGGCCGCACGCGCAACUGGGACGACUCGCUCAAGAUCUUCCAUUCGCAACCCGGUUCCGUGUUUGACAUCGAGAAGGUCGGCGGUGUGCUGCAGCAAGGUCUCCGAGGCCACAUCACCGUCGGUGUGGACCCCAAGUUCGACUUUGACCGAGGAUCGGCCAACCAGGUCCCUUACACGACCCACAAGGAGUGA